AUGAAAGAUAUUCACGCCCUUCAUUUUGCAUUAAGUGAGCUGGAUUUCCACCAAACCCUCACCGUCGUGCAAGGAAAGUGGGCAGAGAAAGCAGAGCUGACCACUUUUUCUCAAUACUUCUCGAAAUACUGGUUGAAUCAUCGUGUGUGGCGCUGGCAAUGCUUCCAAACCCCGAGCGGCUACGCUGCCACUAACAAUCCCUGCGAGACAUUUAACGCUGCUCUCAAACGUGGUGUUACUAUGAGACGGAAGCUCAAGGUCGGUGCUCUCAUCCCUCAGCUACUGCUACUUUACUCCAACGAGAGAAUGGUAUCGCGCCCGUUCUCAACAAUCUGCAAGCCUGACGCAAGACUAGUGCGUCGAGUUGGAGCAAUGGCAAGGGCGAAUCUGCUCUCUCUGCACUCUACGUCUAAGAGUAGCAUUGCGUUUUUGCUAUCUGAUUCCACCGUUGACGAGCAGCAAGAUGUGGUGCGUGUCUUGAGUAGACCCUCUCCACGCGUCUUCGACGAGACUCGACGCCGAACGCUCGAAGAUUUGCCGGUUUCAUCCAAAGUGAACAAGCUAACUGCCAACAUGGAGCUUCGUGGAAUGCCUACGUCGGGUUGGGCAGUCGACAUGCUCACACCCUCGUGUCCGUGCAAAUUUUGGUUUAAGUAUGGGUGCUGCAUCCAUGUUCUAUACGCACUAGAGACGAGCGGAUCCAUGGACGUCAUGGGAAGAGAAACACUUGUUAACAGAGCUCGUACCCGACGCGGCCGUCUCGAAAAACUGGUAAAGCUCUAG